GUUGAGAAGACUGGACCCUGAGGAGGAAGACGACCCCUUUAACAGCUAUGAAGUCCCGCCAGAGGCCAAGCCGGAGAGCUUCCGCAGCGCGGGGGCCCACAGGCUGUCCUCCGACUCGGCCACGUUCAUGGAGUCUGAGAAGCAGGACGUGCACGCCUUUCUGCUGGGGAACCUGAGCAACGGGGGCGUCCUGGAGCUGAUGGUGUGCUUCCUGAAGAGCAUGGGCCUCAGGUUCCUGCUGCGCUGGCCGCCGGGCCUGGCGGAGGUCGUGCUCAGCACCUACCACAGCUGGCGGAGGCACAGCGCCAGCCUGCCCAACCCGCUGCUCAGGGACUGCAGCAACCGGCACAUCCAGGAGAUGAUGCUGAUGUCUCUUUCCUGCAUGGAGCUGCAGCUGGACCAGUGGCUGCUGACCAAGGGCCGGAGCUCUGCAGUGUCUCCUCGGAACUGCCCCGCAGGCGUGCUGAAUGGCAGGUUCGGCCCCGACUUCCCAGGGGCCCACUUCCUGGGGGACCUCCUGCAACUGUCGUUUGCCUCAUCCCAGCGGGACCUGUUUGAGGAUGGCUGGUUGGAGUUUGUGGUCCGCGUGUACUGGUUGAAGGCUCGAUUCCUGGCGCUGCAGGGAGACAGGGAGCAGGCCCUCGAGAACUACGCCAUCUGCACGGAGAUGCUGCAGAGCUCAGCCGCCGCGGGGGCCGAGCAGAGGGACGUGGCCAUCCGCCUGCCCAACCUCCACAGCGACUCGGUGGUCUCCCUGGAGGAGAUUGACAAGAACCUGCGGUCGCUGGAGCGCUGCCAGUCUCUGGAGGAGACGCAGCGGCUGUACGAGGCCGGCGACCACCGCGCUGUCGUGCGCCUGCUGCGCCCCACCUUGUGUACCAGCGGCUGUGACCGCGCCAGGCACCUGCAGUUCAUGAGCUCCGUGCCCGAGAGGCCGGCCCAGCUGCUGCUGCUGCAG